UAGAGCAAGCUCGGGCUGAGGACUCCAUUCAACGUCGAGCUUUCUCUUAAGGCAGUGUGGUGUUUUCUCCCGCGUUGUCCUCUUGAAGGCUCCCCCUUCGCAGCCAUGUCGGACUCAACCUCUCCGCCUUCCCAAACAGAAGCGGUGGGAACUGAGGGGUGUUUUCCCCCUGGGUACAAGCCUUUCAACCCCGAGGAACAUGGCCUGGAGCGCGGGUUUCGUCUCACAUCCUACUCGGACAUGAAAGGAUGAGGCUGCAAAGUCCCGCAGGAGGCUCUGCUCAAACUCCUGGCGGGACUUGAGCCAGACCGAACCGACGGUCCGGGCAAGGACGGAGACCACGCACCUGAGUUCACGCAACAGUUGCCCGGCCCUCGGCUUGGAGUGGGAAUGGACUGCUGUGUGAUCCCUCUGAGACACGGAGGACUCUCAUUAGUCCAGACAACAGACUUUUUCUACCCCCUGGUGGAGGAUCCUUACAUGAUGGGCAAGAUAGCAUGUGCUAAUGUCCUCAGUGACCUUUAUGCCAUGGGUAUCACUGAGUGUGACAACAUGUUGAUGCUGCUCAGUGUCAGUCAGAAGAUGAAUGAGAAGGAUCGCGAGCGUGUCAUGCCACUAAUGAUUCAAGGUUUUCGUGAUGCUGCCGAGGAGGGAGGGACUUCGGUUACAGGUGGCCAGACGGUGAUCAAUCCGUGGAUUAUUAUAGGAGGAGUGGCCACAGUCGUCUGCCAGCCCAGCGAGUUCAUCAUGCCGGAUGGAGCUGUUCCAGGAGAUGUCUUGGUCCUAACCAAACCUCUGGGGACACAGGUGGCUGUCAAUGCUCACCAGUGGCUCGAACAGCCUGAACGUUGGAACAAGAUCAAGCUUGUCAUUACCAAGCAAGAAGUUAAAGAGGCCUAUCAGGAAGCUAUGUUCUCCAUGGCAACACUAAACCGAACAGCGGCAGGACUCAUGCACAAGUUUCAAGCCCAUGCAGCAACUGACGUGACAGGCUUCGGUCUGUUGGGGCACGCCAAUAACCUGGCAGGACAACAACGCAACGAGGUGGCCUUUGUUAUUCACAACUUGCCAAUUAUAGCCAAGAUGACUGCCGUCAGUAAAGCAUACGGAAACAUAUUCAAUCUUGUUCAGGGCACAUCAUCAGAGACAUCAGGUGGACUCUUGGUUUGUCUGCCCAGAGAGCAGGCCGCCAAGUUCUGUUCUGAGAUGAAGAGCCAAGGCUCGGGGCUAGGAGGUCAAGGUGCCUGGAUCAUUGGAAUUGUAGAGAAAGGAGACCGCCGUGCUCGCAUCAUCGACAAGCCCCGCAUCAUCGAAGUUCCACCACGAGGAAGCCAAGUAACCAACCGGGAGAACAGCUCAGCAAGCCCUGUGCCUCUCCCCAAUUUGUCAUAGACUUGUUUCAUUGGGGUGUGUGUGUGUUCCUGUUGGUUACCUAAACAAAGGCUUUCUAAUGAAAUUCACCUUGUCAGAUUUUAGGCUGUAAUGCUUGACUCUAAUUCUUCAACAAAUUUAACCUAAUUAGCAAAAAGUGCAGAUUGAGUGACCGAGUACUAUACUGUGAAGAGGAAAACAUUCCAAAUGAGUCAUCCCUAAUUCUGCUACAAAUUCAGUAGGUGUGUAUGUGAAGGUGACUGGGCCUGCCCUGUUUUGUUGUCUGCAUUUGGAAAGGAGAUGAUGUGUGAAUGACUUUAUACCAUGGAAAUCCAAUAGUUCAUUGUUGCAUCUGGCUCAGUUCAGUCCAGAGGAAGAUUUUGAGCAGCUUCCUCUGGACAAAUUACUGGUUCCAGAUGAUCUGUAUCAGCUGAUUGGUCAUCCAGCUCCAAGUCACUUAUGUCUUCCACUUUUAUGAAGCUCCACCCUAUAAACCCCUGCAAAUGGGGACGGGUGGAGUCGAUGUUUUUCUUGGGAGGGGUAUGGACUUGGCUUGCUGGAUGGCUAAAGCAGUAGAUUUCCUGUUUAUCACACAAUUAAAAAAACAUUAAUUUUG